AAUGCGCGGGAAAAAUCCCAUCUUCCAUCUCAAGGCGCCAACAUAACAAUAAUAGCACAAGUAGGCGUGUGUCGGAGCGAUUAUAGGUGCGUCUGCUGGAGCAGCUGCGUAGUCGCGAGCCACCCCCGUUCUCACGAUAGCCACGCUUAAGUAUUAUUUAUUAUUUCUUACCCCAAUGACGUCUCUGAUUUGAGGUAACGGUAACGGUACUCAUUCCGUCUUCGGAAGUCGCACGCGCUGCAUCUCGGGUCUAUGCGCAUAGACAGUUUUUUUUUGUGCAGUAAUGGCGGUCGCCGGAAAUUUUCAAAUGCUGGAUGUGAGCGGCUGGACAGCGUUCGCCCCAGAUGCGCGCGCAGCCAACAUGUGCACCACCAGCAUGAGCGAGGCUCCGCGCAGCCCGCGCCACCUGCACAAGCGGAGGCGCCUCUCCCGGCUCCUCGACAAGCUGUCCAUUCAACUACAGAACAACAACCACUACCCGCAGUGGGAGAAGAUGCCCGAAGAUGUACCUCUAGACUUAUCAGUCAAAUCAAAAUCGCCUCCAGCAUAUUCCUGCGACGCUUGCGGACAGACGUUCACAGUUCACGACCGUUUAGCGAAGCAUGUAGCGUCACGACAUCGGAAUAGAGUGCCGGAGAGCGAGCGCGCAUACGAGUGCGAUAUAUGCGAACGCCGCUUCGCGCGCUCGGAUAUGCUGACGCGCCACGCUCGUCUCCACACCGGGCACAAACCGUACACUUGUCCCGCUUGUGGCCAAGUGUUCUCCAGGUCUGAUCAUCUGGCGACGCAUCAUAGGACUCACACAGGUGAGAAGCCGUACAAGUGCACGGCGUGCCCGUACGCGGCUUGCCGCCGAGAUAUGAUCACGCGCCACAUGAGGACACACACGAGGCGACCGCAGCCCGCCUAGCUGUGGGACUGGACCUUGCUGGUCCCAAUUAUAGGGUGAAGGUUUUAACCAGAGCCGUUUUAAAACGUGAAGUGCAUUUAACUGUUAGUUUUGUUUUGCCUAUUUAUAGAAGUGUUUAUGCUAACUUUGUACCGACAAGAUGUGUCAGCGCCACUUCAAUGAUACCAUAUAAGUAACUAUAUGUAUUAUACAUACGAGCCGCGAUGCAUAUAUGUUUUCGUCUAGUCAGACCAUUUUUUGAGGUUCUCGCGUUUGUACAAAAAUAAUGUUUAAGUUUAAAAAUCACUAACAUUU